AUGAUAUGGACCUUGUAUAACUUGGCCAAGACAGCUACUCAGUUGGGUGCCGGUGCAGGUGUACUUGUCUUGUUAGGUCUUUAUUUUUGUCAAAACAUCUUGAUCUACCCAGCGUCGAUAAACGAUGGGCGAGGCAAAUGUGCUACGCCAGAUGAAUACGGUAUGGCAUACGAGCUCGUGCAGCUUACAACAGAAGACGGCGAGAUUUUACAAUGCUAUUCCAUGAAACAAGACCGUAAGGACCCUUCUUACACAAAUAAGACGAUAUUGAUUUUAUCUCCAAACGCUGGAAAUAUAGGGCACGCAUUGCCCAUUGCCGAGAUCUUUUAUAAACAAUUUGAGUAUAAUGUGUUUAUAUACAGUUACCGGGGUUACGGCAAGUCUACGGGCUCCCCUAGCGAGGUUGGAUUGAAGAAAGAUGCCGAUAGAGUUAUGGACUAUCUUACCAAAGAAGAUAGCCAGUAUCAGGAAUCUUCGAUAAUCUUGUACGGGAGAUCCUUGGGCGGAGCCGUGGCCAUUUACAUUGCUGCAACAAAGUCCUCCUGUGUCCAUGCAAUAAUCUUGGAAAAUACAUUUUUGUCAAUUAGAAAAAUAGUGCCCCACAUCUUCCCGCUUUUGAGAUACGCAACUGGCUUUGUACAUCAGCGAUGGGAUCUGGAAUCGUUAGUUUCGCAAAUACCUUCGAGAAUACCAGUGUUGCUAUUAAGCGCAAGAAAAGACGAGAUUGUGCCUCCGCUGCACAUGGACGAGAUAUUCAACACGCUAAAGAGUGAGUACAAGCAGAUGUACAAAUUCGAGGAUAGUUAUCAUAACGAUACCGUUUUGCAAGAAGGUUACUGGGACAGAAUACACUCAUUUAUUAAAGACAAGCUGAAUCCAGUUGGCUUGUAA